AUGUCAAGCUUCACGGCAAGCAAGACGCCGAGUUUCAAGACUUUGUCGAGAUUACAUCCCUCACAUUCCUUGGUCACAGUCCAAGCGGCUAAGCGCUUCACUCAUUCCCUACUAUAUUCUGAAAGUUCACUUUGCCAUGCAAUAUUGAUCAAUACAGUAUCUGGAAUGUGGAGAUUUCUUGCAUUUAGGGAGGAGCUACAACACUAA